UGCAGCCUGUGGGGAAUGCUCCUGCACAUCGCCGGGCUGCUCCUUCAUGCUGCCUGCUCUCAGCUGCUACAACUUGGCUCUGCUCUCACUCUCCGCUCUCCAGUGAAGUGGGACUCAGGGCGGCUCUGCCAGUCUCCGGAGCAGGCACUGCCCGGGCAGCAGAGGAUGUGGUUAAACUGAACAUGCAAAGCUACAUAUUUUGUUCGUGAGUUCAGCGCUGAAGGAAGUGCAGAGAAGCCGCGGCAUUAGAGCCAGUUCCCGGAGAGCUCCGUGUCAUCUCCGUGUCACCAGAGAGAGCCCCUGACACUCAGCUCUGCGGAGCCCCAAAACUUUCCCGUGCCCCCUGCUAUGUGACUGCGCCUGCCGGCUGCGAGGAGACCCGGAGCGACACUGCGCCUCAGCACCUGAUACAAUGGGCUGUGGAUUAAAUAAGUUUGAGAAAUUUGACGAGAAAAGACCAGGAAACAUAUAUUCAACGUUGAAGCGACCACAUGUUGAAACCAAGAUAGAUGUGUCUUAUGAGUACCGUUAUGUGGACUUUACGACAAUCGUCCAAGCCCAGUUACCAGGAUCAUCUGCUGUCCGAAUUGCCUCUCUGCGUGAUUUACCUGAAAAGUUACAAGAACUGUACCAGCAAGGCUUCACUGUAGUUGCCAUACAUCCAUUUGUUCUGUACACUGAAGGAAAUGAGAGAAUUCCUCAGGAGGAGAUGUUCCGGGUAGUCCUCAUAAAGAAAACAGAAAGAAACUCAAUUUGUGAACAGAAUACUGAAGAAUAUUGCUUGGAAGUUGAACCUUGUAUGUCUUCUGACCAACAACCAGACCAAAAACUGAUACCAGAUUUGGUAAAAAGGAUUGAGGAUGCUGCCAGCCAAGGAUCAAAGUUUGCCGGAAUAGUACAGGGAUACUACAUUCCAAAGGAACUGCCGUACAGCCUGUCUGAUAGCUUGAGUCAGACAAGCUCGCCAGACUUCACAGCUAUCAAUAAAGCAUGCAGUGAUGCCGAGGACCAUACUUCAGCGGAUAAGAAGUCAGACUGCACUAAUGGAAGCACUUCACCAGCAAAGAGCAGGGGAAAUGCUGAACAGUCCAAAACAGUCGAUGGGCUGGAAGUUAUUGAGCAGCAAAAAGCAAAGUCUUCACCUCUGGAUGAUGUAGAGCAAUUAGAAGAACUCAACUUCAAUGUCUCAAAUGAGGACGUGUUCGUUCCGGAUAAGAUUACGACACAGCCUACGAUGCCGAAUAAUUGCAUUAGUAGAAAGUCCGAGAUUCUGGCUCUUUUUAAUAAACCGAAAACACAACAAAGGUACAGAAAAUAUUACACGGUGAAAAUUCCCAUGAGGAUCACAAAAGACAAAAAUGCCAUCAUUGGCCUGGAAGCCAACUGGUUGGAAUACAUGACUGAUCAUUUCCGAAAAGGAUGCUCCCUAGUGAAUGCUGUCUUUUAUCUUGGAAUGGUAAAUGAUACUUCAUCAGAGUUUACAGAUGGUGUAUUUAUUUUUGAAGACUUUCCAGAGCAAGAUCCAAAGACUGUAAAACGUUAUGAUGCCAUAGUCGUGGAACAGUGGACCAGUAUUGAGGGCUUUGAUGUGCAGGCUGACUAUAUGCCCCUCUUAACAUCCCUGGCAGUGUAUGGAUGGCAACUCACAUGUGUCCUUCCGACGCCUAUUGUAAAAACCAAUAGGGAUGGUAAUGUCACUACCAAGCAAAUUGUGUUCAUGCAGAGACCAACACUGCCGCAUAAGAACAAGAAGAAAGAACCAAAGUUCCACUUGAGAUUUUCCAAAGAUGAGAGACACAGCAAGCACUCGAGGAAAGGGAAAGGAAAAGUUAAUUCCAAAGAUAAGGAGACUGAUCGAAACAAGAAAAAUGAAGAGCAGACAAAAACUGAUGAUACAGUAGACAUACAUGGGAACCACCAGACAGAUGGCAAUAUCUUACAAAAGAGUGAGGGUGUUCAGGAGGAUUUAAUAAGUCAAGAAAAGAAUGAGGUGGUUGAAGAAACCCCAUUAUUGCGUAAUGCAAAUUCUUCUCCACUGUUGGAAGAGUCAUCUGAAGACAUAAAGGAUGAAGAAUCAAGGUGCACAGAUGGAACUAAGAGUAUGGAAGUAGAAUCAGCUGAUAUUGGGAUUGCAAGUGAUGGAAAGCAAGCUGAGAAUGAUGCCAGCGAAGGAGGUGUAGAUACCCCACUGAUGGAAAAUCUCCAGAUUGACAGCAAACAAUAGGACCAGCUGCCCGGUGUAGGACUUACAGAGCACUUUGACACUGAUGAUGUAUAUCCAGAGUAUUAUGCUUCAGUUCUUUCUGUACUAUUACAUUCAGAAGAUUGUUGACCCUAUGGUAGCAAGAAGAGAGAAUUUCCAGUCUUGGUAGCGUAUGAAAACACCUUAGGAGCUUUUUUAACUGCCCACAAUAAAGUCAAAAUAAAGGUCUUUUUGCCAGAUGGUAAAAUUUUAAGAUCAGCAGACAGAGCAGAACAAACCCGUUUGAGGUCAUAUUGGAUACACUGUAAUAAGGGGAACAUCAUGAGAAGGGACACGUUGACCUUAUACACCUUUAUCUAUUGAAUGACAUUUACAUUGCCAAGAUAGAAAUGUACUGUAACUAUGUUGAUAACCAUGAUGGUGAUAGUAUAAUAGAAGCUGGGACUUAUUAUACCAUCCCAAAACAUGACCAUAAGCCCCAGUUAGCUUAAACAGGCAAAGCAAUAUGGAGAAGCCUAAACAUAAAAAAUAAAAAAAAAGAAUGUUUCCCGCUUCAUCACAUUUUAGAUAUAUUUAUAUAGAUGCUUAAAUUAUCUGCACAGGCAAACUUUGAAACUGUUUUGUAUGCAGCAUUUUGCAUAUAGUUGCACUUCAUAUUAUUUUGAUAUAGUUUUGUUUACUGUUUUGUAUAAAGAGAUAUUCUGUAUUGAAAAGAUUUAGCUAUCAGAUAUACCGAUAUGGUAAUUAUUGUUACAUGCAGCCUUACAGCACAUAUUCUGUUUACUGUUCGUGGGCGGACUUUGUUAUAAUUAAAGCUUCAAAUGACAUUUUCCAACAGGCUAAAAUAAUAUAUAGCCUUUUCUUCUGAGUUUAGUUACUGCUUAAUCAUAACGUGAUGAACAAGUAAAAUUCUAAAUGAAAA